AGAAAUAGGUGUGUCAGGAAAAAAACUUUUCUAAUGUUUCUCAACCGCGUCGACACCGGAAGUUGUUGUCGAGUUUAACUGGGGCAUAACUUCAUUUGUUGACUGCUUUUCAACACCACCCACACGUUGAUUUUGUCAUUUGUAAAUUGUAUUAUAACCAAAGGGGGAUCCCGAGGAUCAAGGGGGCUUGUUUCCUGUUGGUGUGGAGCGUCGCCGAGGAUGUAUGCCGCGAGAUACGACGGCCACAGUGACCGCCACGAGCGGAUCGACUUCUUAACCAGCAAGGAGAAAGCCCCAUCCAAGCGGAAGCUCGGGGCUGUGAUCGGCAUUCUAGUGGCAGUACUCGUCCUUGCCGCUGUAGCCGCUUUCCUAAUUUGGCUUUUUGUUUUUAAGGAUGCCGAAGAAGCCACCAUAAGUCGGCAACUCAAACCUUCGGUGCUGGUGUUCAGCGGCCACAUGAAAUUGCCUGAUGUCCAAUACAAAGAGCAGCUGGAAGACACAAGCAGCCCUGAAUUUGAAGCACUGGCAGUCAAACUGGAGGCAGUUCUGGAAGAAAACUUGAAGAAGGAUCCGUUACUUGCUACAUACUACACAAAGUCUGUUGUCACAGCAUUCAGUGAGGGUGUGAUAGCUUACUAUUGGUCCCAGUUUGAUGUGCCAGUAAAGGAUCUCGAGGAAGUGCCUGAGCUCACUGAGGAGCUGGUGUCAGAGACCUUGGAGAAUGGAAUAAAGGAGCAGCAAAGGUCAAGGAACGUCGGUCCGAUCAAGAUCACUGAAAUCACGGCCACAUUCACUGACCCCCGCAUGGCCAGGAACCCCCGAGCUCGUGAAUGUUUCUUCCGUUUGGAGGCUGAAGAGACGGCCUCCGAGUUUUCAUCUCCGGGAUACCCCAGCAGCUACCCCCCGAAGUCUCGCUGUCAGUGGCAAAUCCGAGCCUCGGCCACAAACGUGAUCUCCAUCGCGUUUCCUUUCUUCCAUGUGGAGGACGACUGCUCCGACGACUUUGUCUCCAUUUUUGAUUCCUUGAGUCCCGAUGAUUCUCAGGCGAUCACAGAGAAGUGUGGUCACAGACCCCCCUCCAAUCCUCUGGAGGUAGUGUCGUCUGGUAACAUCAUGCUCAUCAACCUGAUUACUGACAGUGAAACGCAGCGGCCAGGCUUUCAGGCGGUUUACAAAGCCAUCCCUAAACUUGAAGGCAACACCUGUGGCGGCGUCCUCACUGCAAGCUCGGGAGUCUUCACCUCCCCUCUCUACCCUAGUUUCUAUCCUCCCGCUGUGGACUGCAAGUGGACUAUAAAGGUCUCCGCUGGGCAAAAGGUGCGUGUGAAGUUCAACCUGUUCCGAAUGAAAGAGCCCGGGGUGGACGUCCGUGUGUGUCACAAAGAUUAUGUGGAAGUUAUGGGCAAAAAGUAUUGUGGUGAGCUGUCCUCUUUGGCCCUCACCAGCACCACGAAUACCUUGGAUGUGAUCUUCCACUCUGACGAGUCGUACACCGACAAAGGCUUCAGUGCUGAAUACAAUGCCUACGAUCCUGGAAACCCUUGCCCCAACAUGUUUUCCUGCGCAUCCGGUAUUUGCAUCGCCAGAGAGCUCAAGUGUGAUGGCUGGAACGACUGCGGUGACAUGAGCGACGAGAUGAAGUGCAAGUGUGACAAGGACCAGUUUAAUUGCGGCAAUGGUUUGUGCAAACCUAAACUGUGGGUUUGCGAUCGCGUUAAUGACUGCGGGGAUGGCAGCGACGAGCAAAGUUGUAGUUGCGAGGAGAACGAGUGGCGCUGCGGGGAUGGAACGUGUAUGCCACAGGAUGUCGUGUGCGACACCCGGACAGACUGCGAGGACGGCAGUGACGAGGCCUCGUGUAAAACCUCUCCCGGUAUCUGCUCUCAGUUCAGCUUCAAGUGUAAGAGUGGCGACUGCGUCAAUAAAGUCAACGCUGAAUGUGACCGCGUCGACGACUGCGCCGAUCUCUCGGAUGAAGCCGGCUGUAAUUGUGGCACCCGGCCGUAUAAACUGAAUCGGAUCGUAGGAGGCCAAAAUGCAGAGCUGGGAGAAUGGCCCUGGCAGGUCAGCCUGCACUUUAUGACCUACGGUCACGUUUGUGGGGCCUCCAUCAUCUCGGAAAAGUGGCUCCUUUCAGCUGCCCAUUGCUUUGUGACCUCCGACCAAGCAAAUCACGUUGAGGCCAACUGGCAAACGUACAGCGGCAUGCAGGACCAAUAUAGGCCUGAUGAUGGCCAGCGCCGCUCUGUGAAGAGGAUCAUCAGCCACCCGGAUUAUAACCAGAUGACCUUUGACUAUGACAUUGCCCUGCUGGAGCUCAACGAGCCUCUGGAAUUGAGUAAUACCAUCCAACCCAUCUGCCUACCCGCUCCCUCCCAUGUCUUCCCCGCAGGCAUGUCCUGCACGGUCACGGGUUGGGGUGCGCUACGAGAAGGAGGUCAAAAGGCGCAGCUCCUACAGAAGGCGUCGGUGAAAAUCAUCAACGACUCCGUGUGCAAUGUCGUCACGGAGGGCCAGGUGACCUCCCGGAUGCUCUGCAGCGGAUUCUUAACUGGAGGAAUUGAUGCAUGUCAGGGAGACUCCGGGGGCCCCCUGGUGUGUUUUGAGGAGAGUGGGAAGUGGUUCCAGGCCGGGAUAGUGAGCUGGGGCGAGGGCUGCGCUCGCCGUAACAAACCCGGUGUCUACACUCGUGUCACCAAACUGAGAGAAUGGAUCAAAAUGGAGACUGGUGUUUGAUCAUGUGUGGAACAGGAAAGAGAUGGUGUGCUGUGAAGCUCGGGCUAAAGGACGUGGAGACGGAACAUUCCCGACUUUAUUUGUUUUUGGGUUUUUUUAGCAGCAUGCUGAGGAGUUAUUGCAUGGACCCAGACCCUCACAUGAAUGACUCCAAGCGCUUUAUUGUAGUUUUACUCCUCCUCCCUCCCCAACAAUGAUACACACAUUAGCCACAUUGACUCACAUUCGCGAUUGUAAUCAACCUAUGUGUCUUAUCAUUGUUUACAGAUUAAAAUAUCAUCGAACAAAGAUACUGAUCCAAAGAUAAAA